GCCCCGCGCGGCUCAUGGCGGGGCCGCGGGGCGCGCUGCUGGCCUGGUGCCGCCGCCAGUGCGAGGGCUACCGCGGCGUGGACGUCCGCGACCUGAGCAGCUCCUUCCGGGACGGCCUGGCCUUCUGCGCCAUCCUGCACCGGCACCGGCCCGACCUGCUAGAUUUUGAUUCGCUUUCCAAGGACAAUGUCUUCGAGAAUAAUCGUUUGGCCUUUGAAGUGGCCGAGAAGGAGCUGGGGAUCCCUGCUCUCCUGGACCCCAAUGACAUGGUCUCCAUGAGUGUCCCCGACUGCCUCAGCAUCAUGACCUACGUGUCGCAGUAUUACAACCACUUCGCCAGCCCUGGCCAAGCUGGUGUCUCAUCACCUAGAAAGGCCCAGGCACCCUCCUCCCCUCCAUCCGAAGCAUCUACUCCAGCAGAACCAGGAGACAGGGCUCAGGGCGAGGAGCUGUCCUCGGGCAGCUUGUUGGAACAGGGCACCCAGCGGACCCCCAGCAGCACGUGCGCAGCCUGCCAGCAGCAUGUGCACCUGGUCCAGCGUUACUUGGCCGAGGGCAAGCUGUACCACCGGCACUGCUUCCGGUGUCGGCAGUGCUCUAGCACCCUGCUCCCUGGAGCUUACAGAAGUGGGCCUGAAGAAGGCACCUUCGUGUGUGCGGAGCACUGUGCCAGGCUGGGCCCGGGUGGGCGGUCAGGGACCAGGCCCGGGCCCCCUCUGCAGCCAAAGCAGCAGCAACUUGGAGAAGAAGUCAAGGAUGUUGACGGAGGUGGCCCUGGCCGUACUGCACCCGCAGGGGCUGAGGCAGAGGGGUCCCAGGCCAGCCCUGAGGCCCGGCCCCAGAUCACCACCAAGCCCCGGCUUCCAAACAAACCACAGGAGCUGGGUGGCUCCCCGGCCGGCCGCCCCACACCUGCCCCAAGGAGGGCCCCUGAGAGCCCAGCCCCGACACCUCCCACGCCCCGGCCCCGGUCCAGUCUGCAGCACGAGAACUUGGCAGAGCAGGGUGGCAGCAGUGGCCUAGUAAAUGGAAGGCUGCAUGAACCCCCUGUCCCCAAGCCGAGAGGGACACCCAAGCUGUCAGAAAGGACGCCAGCCCCCAGGAAAGAUCCCCCAUGGAUCACACUGGUGCAGGCAGAGCCAAAGAAGAAGCCAGCCCCCCUUCCCCCGAGCAGCAGCCCCGGACCUCCGAGCCGGGACAGCAGGCGGGUGGAGAAUGGAGGCACGGAGGAGGUGGGCCAGCAGAGCCAGGGGCCAGCUGGCCUGGAGCCCAAGCCCUACAACCCCUUUGAGGAGGAGGAGGAAGAGGAGCCCCCAGCUGCACCCAGCCUGGCCACUGGCCCUGCCCUGGUCCCCUCGGUGGAAUCCACACCCAAGUCCCUGCACCCCUGGUAUGGGAUCACCCCCACCAGCAGCCCCAAGACGAAGAAGCGUCCUGCCCCCCGAGCUCCCAGUGCGUCCCCACUGGCUCUGCAUGCCUCACGCCUGUCACACUCGGAGCCACCCUCCGCAACCCCGUCGCCGGCCCUCAGUGUGGAGAGCCUGUCGUCCGAGAGCUCCAGCCAGACCCCCUCCGGGGAGCUUCUGGAACCCCCGGCGGUGCCCAAGAGCUCCUCGGAGCCCACGGUCCACGCCCCCGGCACUCCUGGGACCUCUGCCAGCCUCUCCGCCAACUCCUCCCUGUCCUCGUCUGGGGAGCUGGUGCAGCCCGGCACAGACCAGAUACCUCAGGCCGGCCCCGGCCUCGCCCCGGGUUCAAGGGGCAGCCCCGGCCCCCAGCCCCCCAAGCCCUGUGGCGGCGCUGCCCCCACCCCUCUCUUACUGGUUGGAGACAAGAGCCCCGCGCCUUCCCCUGGAACCUCGUCCCCGCAGCUCCAAGUGAAGUCUUCCUGCAAGGAGAAUCCUUUUAACCGGAAGGCAUCACCCACAGCAUCCCCGACCACAAAGAAGGCCACCAAGGGAUCCAAGCCAGCCAGGCCACCCGCCCCAGGACACGGCUUCCCGCUCAUCAAGCGCAAGGUUCAGGCUGACCAGUACAUCCCCGAGGAGGACAUCCACGGAGAGAUGGACACUAUUGAGCGCCAGCUGGAUGCCCUGGAACACCGCGGGGUCCUGCUGGAAGAGAAGCUUCGCGGCGGAGUGAAUGAGGGCCGUGAGGAUGACAUGCUGGUGGACUGGUUCAAGCUCAUCCAUGAGAAACAUCUGCUGGUGCGGCGGGAGUCUGAGCUCAUCUAUGUUUUCAAGCAGCAGAAUCUGGAGCAGCGCCAGGCAGAUGUAGAGUACGAGCUCCGGUGCCUUCUUAACAAGCCAGAAAAGGAUUGGACAGAGGAGGACCGGGGCCGAGAGAAGGUGCUGAUGCAGGAGCUCGUGACCCUUAUCGAGCAGCGCAACGCCAUCGUUAACUGCCUGGAUGAGGACCGGCAGAGGGAGGAGGAGGAAGACAAGAUGUUGGAAGCCAUGAUCAGGAGGAAAGAGUUCCAGAAGGAGGCUGAACCCGAGGGCAGGAAGAAGGGGAAGUUCAAGACCAUGAAGGUGCUGAAGCUGCUAGCACAUAAGCGGGAUACCAAGAGCAAGCCCCCGGGGGACAAGAGCUAACCGCCGGGGUGGCCAGUGGGACUUCCACCUGUCCUGGCGCACACGGCCCCUGUGCUGUGCUCUGCGGGGAGGACACCCUGCUUCCCAUCAGGAUCAGUCCUGGGGAAUGACGACGUCAGGGGACGGGGCCUCUGGGUGACAGCCUCUCCCUCCUCAGGGGCCCUCUGGCUGGUCUGGGCCAACGAGUUUUCUUCCCUCUUCUCUGUGCCACAGGCAGCUGUGGCUCCGCCCUGCCCUCAUCUGGUUCUGAUGAUUCCAGAUGCCGGGACUGACCUGAGGAGCAAGCAGGGUCCUAGGUCCGGGGAGUGGCAGUGGCUGAGCACAGCUUCCUGGUGCACCCCAGCACCUGCAGUGACAGGCAGCCCCUCAGUCCCUCUUCCCUUCUGUACUGUGUCCGGAUGGGAUUCUUAGCUGUCAGAGUUGUGACCUGAAGGUCCUUCCAUCCACAUGGUCUGCCCAUGGUGGAUCUCUGGCCUGGGUCUCCUGUCUCCAGGGCUUAGCCAGCUGGCAAGCAGGGCUUGGCUGCACUGGCAUCUUCCUGCCCCAGCCCUGGCUCUGAGCCCCCAUCUUCCUUUCCAGCGCAGGUGGCCCUCAAUCUGUUUCUCCUCACUCAGGAGCUCUAUUUAUGAAAGUCUAAUUAGGUUUGAGCUUAUCACUGUGUCUUCAGACAUGAAUGGGCCCAAUGGACAAAGCCCUUCUCCCUCUGUCCCUCCAAGUUCUAGGAGGUGCUUCUGUUAUCUCCCCCUGUUCCCUCGGAGACCUCACCUCCCAGGACUUGGGGCUGGGGGCCAUGCUGGGUGGCCAGGGGUACCCUAGAGCCGAGUCCCUGGAGAGGGCCUCUGGGAGACAGGCCCAGUGGCAGUUCUAGUGCCUGGUCAUCAGCCAAGGGAGCUGUGCUUCACAGAGGUGCUAAUCCUGGUUCCUUAACACAUUGUAGUCUUGACUUUCCCCUGCCACCCCAGGGCUGGGGGGUAGCGGGCCCGGUCCUGUGUGUGGUUGUCACCAGUCUGUCUCACACUUGACUGUUGUCCCUUCUCUCCCGACUUGUUUCCCCGAAGGACUGAUGGCCACUCGUCCCACUGUGAUGGCCAUGGGAGAGGAAGAGCCGAUGGGGACAACUGCCUUUCCCCCAGGGAAUGCGUCCAGCAGCCCUCAGUCAAAGCACUGUUGCUAUAAGCUAUCUCUGGGGUGCUCUACGGCCCCCUCCCUCAGCUCACCUCUGGGGAAAGUACGCACUGUAUUAACUUGUGAGGAUUUUCCUCCCCAACAAUAAAUGGAGACAACCUCAGUUGCCAGUGCCCCAGAGCCUGAGACGCUUUGCCCUCAGCCAGGUUGGCCUUCUUUCCUGCCUCCACCAUGCCCCGUGGCCGGGCAUCUCUGGUCCCUGGGGAGGGGCACGUGGGGCUGUCCACUGCCAAGGGCAUUGGCCCUUCUUCAGAGCUUGCUAGUGGGCAGGACCCUUCCUCUGCAGGGAGAUGCAGCUCCCACAGCUACGCAGCCCCUGGCAGUCUCCUCCCAAACAUGCCUGUUGACUGUUGCUGGUCACCAACUCCAAAGGCUUUUGGGGGUUGGGCUGGUCACAUACCUGACCAGGCUGGGUGUAACCUGAGGGUGGCUCUGGCAGGCUGUCUUGGUGUCUAGAGACUCCGGUAGUGGGGACUGGGGUGUCUAUGCCCCAACCAAAGGGGGAAGUUCUUCCUUACUUAAAGUCAACUGUAGCCUGUGAGGAUGCAGGCCUAGUGUUGCCACACUUUUCCAUUUUUCAAAAGAAGCUAGAAAUCCACAUUGUGUGCCUGUGUGAUUUGUAAAUGUUGGCAACUAAUCUGACUUUAAAUCAAGGAUAGGCUGUGUUGUCACAGAUGGGCCACAUUUGUCCUGGGGUUCUCUAGUCUGUUGCCUCGGGGCUACGUGAGGGAGCCUUUGACAUGGACAUGAUAGCUGUCCUUAUCAUGUUACAUGCUCUGCCCUUGGGUCCUGGGGGCUUCCUGUGGGAAUGUUCAUGAGCCAGCCUUUGAUCUGGCCCCUUCUACUUAUCAGAUGGGUAAGUUUGAGGCUAUUGGGCCACAUUUGUUCUACAGCUCAAAACUUGGGUCAUGUGGCCUGUGGGGUUAUAUGAAUCCCUCCAAGUAGGAGUGUUGGUUGGAUUUCCCAAAAUAUUUUGAUGUAUGGGGACAGGAAAUUGACAGAGUACUGGAGAGUGGAGAGCUUGUGGUUGUCAGAAGACAUGGAGAUGACGUAUUGUGCGCCAGGCCUGGGGGUUGCUCUUGUGGUCAGAGGCCUCCUCCAUAGCCCUGUGAGGCGGAGCCUCACUGAUGAGCAGUCAGAGCUGAGGUUGGAGCUGAUCAGGCUCACAGAGCACAGGCUGGGAUCGGAGCUCAAGCCUGGCUCCUUUGGUCCAGCUUUCUCCCACCCUUGUGUUUCUGUGGGCUGUGGGUUUAGUGGAAAGCCCGAGAACUAACUCCUAACCCUGAAUGGGCUAUUUGCCAGUUGAAUGACCUUGGUUACAGUGUCUUAGGGAGCCUUAGAUUUCACACAGGAAUAGCAAACCGUGUUCGCAGGGUUUUAUUGAGAGAAUGAACCGAGUGAAAUUCAGCACCUGGCACAGUGCCUGGCCAAGGGGUGUUCAAGAAGUGUUGGUUCUCACUUCCACUUGAGAUAUGCAAACAGUUGAAAAGCAUCUGUGCUUGAAAAUUCUAACUCCUUGAACAAAUAAGCCUAUCCUUCUGAAAACAAAACGGUGUAUAUUAUGACCUACGUUAAAUGUGUCUUACUGGCCAAUUAAUCAUAGUGGUUAAACAUUUGCCUAAGGCUGUAAGAAGUCAAAUAAGUAGGUCCUAAGGCAGGUAGGAAGAAAGGAAUCAUUCAUUCUGAAGUUCUGCAAACUGUGUGGGACAUCCAGUGGGUGUGGGGUAGGGAGUGGGGGGAAGAGGCCCAGUGGAUGCUCUCAGACAUGGGCCUUGCCUUCACUGUGUAUGGACUCUUUCCCUGAGAAAAGACCAUUAGUUUGUGUGUGUGCGUGUGCAUGUAUGUCAGUGAUUGUGGGUCUCAGCAGCUCAACUCACCCAGGCUCCCUGGGCAGAGUCUUGAAGAGAACCAGCUCAUUCUCUGGGAUUGGUCCAUUUCCUAGGGUGCUGUGUGUGCCCAGGGGCCCCUAGGCCAGGGCAGUGCUUCACGGCCAUUUGAUGUGGCUGAAGGCCAGGGUAGAUGGGCUGGCCAGGGGGUGGGCUCCAGUGAUCUAGGAUGGGCUACUCUGCCCCUGUCUCUGGAGACAGAUCAGGGGGUAGCAAGAGCCUUCUAAGGUCCUCAUUCCUCUUGUGGUCAAUGUCUUCCAUUUCCCGUAGUUUCUGCAAAAGGCAUCAGGGAAACUGGCUAGCAGGGUGGGAACUUGAGGAGCCACUGCUGAUGUGAGAGAGGACUCCCAGACCUGGGCCAGACCUGGGCUACAGCUACCCUGUCCACUCACAUUUGCUGCUGCGCAUGUAUGGUAGACCCACCCCCACCCCUUCCCGGCUGCCUCUCCUACCUGGGAGAUCUCAGCAAGGAUGAUCCCUCGGUACUGUCUGCCCUGUCCCAGUGCCUCCAUGCCAGCCAGGAAUUCCUUCCUCUCCUGGAUUUCCUUUACCACUAGACAGGGGGAGAAGGGCCAUCAGUGUACAGGGCAGUGGGGGGCCAGCAGGUGCCUGGGAGGGAUGGGGGAGAGGAAGCAGUUCUGUGGUCAGUGUUUCUCACUCUGGCCACGGGUUAUGGGCCCCUCCACACCCCCUAUUCCAGCAGGAGUGGUCUAUCAGUGGCUUACAUUCUUCAAAGCGGUCCAGCUCUGGGGCUGGGUCCUUCUGUUGUACAGGAGGGGGCUUCCUUUUCUGUUCCUUUAAGUCCUUCCCAGUGGCAAAAAUAUUUUGGAGUCUUCGUUUCUCUUUCUCCAGAUCUCCUGUAGGGCCCAGAAAUGACCUAAUGAAGGCAGGCAGGGCACCCCAUUCAUGGUCUGAGUUCCUAUUUGGGCAUGCUUGCACCAGGGUCCCUGGGCAACCUGGAGGGGGCUUCUGCAAACCAGGCACUUCUGGCCCUAGGAGCCCUCGAGCUUGUGUUGAGACUGGAAAGGGAAGGGCUGGAAGAACGAAUGCCAGAACCCACACACUGCUCUGGUACAGAGCGAGGCUAAGAAAACUGCUUGCCUCUGGGUAUAGAGGCUGCAUGGGGCUGUCGGCAGGUCUGUGCCAAGAGUUCUAUCGGACGCCAAGUAGGAAGGGGCACAGAGGCUCCGUGAAGUAGCCUGGCAUGCAGAGGAGCUCUGGACUUGGCGGGGGGGGGGGGGCGGCUUGUGACCUUAAGAGAGCAGCGGCUGUGAGACCUGACAGCCAAACAUUCAUCAGGGACUGGUGGACUUCAGUUAAUCAUUUGAGAGUUCUAAAAAAGUACAAAAGGAUCAUCUGUUUUUUCCUGCAACCUGAACACCCCCAAGCUAACAAGUGCCAAGGUUCAAGCACAUUAGUAUAAACAGCAUGAGGAUUUGAUUAGACACCUGCUCACCUGCCCUGUGGGCUGCUUGCCCCACCCCUGGCCCCUUGGGGAAGGAGGUGGAAGAGGGGCUCUCUAGGCCCUCUCACUUACGGGGGGCUUGAGGCUUGAAUGGCUCCCUGCUGUAGGCCCCAUUGGCUUGGCACAUGCUGGCAGGCCGGAGGUGGGGCCGGGCCGCCAGGAUGGGAGGCAGGUAGAUGGUCGAGGUUGUCUGUUUGGAAGGCAAGACCCUCUGGCUGGAUGUCGGGCUGCACUGUAGGGGCAGAGUGUCUCCUCCUAGGGAAGGAAGGUUUGGGUGAGGGGCACCUACCUGUUUUUUUUUUUUUUUUUUUUUAAAUUUAUAAAAAUGAUACCUGCCUGUUAAAACAAGUCAAACAGUAUAGAGUCUUCCCUUCUCUCCUCCAAUCCCCCACCCCCACCCACAAUGAGCAAUUGUUAGGAUUUGUUGGUCUUGUUCCAUACUUUUUAAUGUUAAUACAAACAUGUACAAAGAUACAUGGGUGUAUAUGACAUUCGUGUUUCAAACACUGGAUCAUACUCUAUUAUAUUCAGUAAUAGACUCUUAACAAUUUAUCAUGGACAACCUUCCAGAUCACUCCAUUUAUAUAUAACUUAUUUUUUAAAACUAUAUACUAGUUCUUAGAAUGGAUACAUUAUUUAUUUUAUUCAACUAGUCUCCUAAUUUCAGAAAUUCAGCCUUUUUCCCCCUUCCCUUUUUUUUUACUACUUCAAACAAUGCUGCAAUAAACAUUCUUGAGCAUCAA